UCGAUAAGUUUUUACUAGAUUUUUUAUAAAAUUGUUGCAAUAAUUCGCUGUAAAACAAGAGUAUAAUGGAAAACAAAAAGUCAGAUUUCGACGAACUUCUACCAGACCCUGGUUCGGAGCGUAGCAUUGUACUGUUCGGGCGAGACCUCAGCCAAAUUCCGUGUUUCCGCAGCAGUUUCCUGUACGGUAUAAGCAUCGGGAUGGCCACGGGGUUUGUUGCUUUUAUGAGAACGUCCCGGCCGCAACUGUCAACGCACAUUGGUUUCGGCACUUUCAUGGGUACCACGCUGUGCUACUGGUUCACGUGCCGCUACAAAUGGUCUAGACAGGAAACGGAUGUUGCACUACUGCAGAAACUUAUGCAACAGCAGUCAGUGUACGAAGGCAGCGCCAUGGAACGAGAAUUGGAUCAAAAAAUUAAGACCGAUUCCGUGUAGAUUAUCAGCAAAAGAUGUUACAAUUUCUUGUGGCAAAAAUAAAAUACUUGUAUUAUUUUCUCUGAUGUCAAUUUAUUCUGGUAAUUGU